GUUACAACCUCGACGCGCUUCUUCUGUCUUUCCUUUCACCACGUCCACCAUGUAUGGAAGGGACAAGGAUGACGACGCAAAUGAUAACGACCCUGGUUUCGUUACGUUUUUCGGAAAGCUGCCUUCAAAAUCUCCAGAGACUGGGACUCUGCGACUGUUCCACCGAACGGCGCCUGAUGAAUUCUACUCUGCUUAUGGACCAGACGCGCUAUAUGCAGCCACUCAUGUCUUUCAUACCAACUCGGUGAUCAAAUACCUCGGAGCUGGAGGACGACUAGUCGGGCUUCCCUAUGUCUCUCUUAAAGUCAGCAUAGCCCAAAUGCUGCUCAGGGAAGCCCUCACGACCAAGCAACUCCGCGUAGAGAUAUGGGUCCCGGAAACUCCAGGAAAGAAGUGCUCCAAGUACAGGUUGGACAAGGAGGCAUCCCCGGGGAAUCUCCAGGCGGUGGAAGAUCUGCUUUUCGUUUCGUCUGACUUACUCUCAGCGCCCAUUGUCAUGGCCAUCAAGGUUAAUACUACCUCGGCCACUGGAGGAGGCAAAGACAAAGUCAAGUCCGUCGGCAUCGCGUUUGCAGACACGAGCAUACGCGAGCUGGGCGUAGCGGACUUUGUGGAUAAUGAUCUAUUCUCAAAUACCGAAUCACUUAUCAUUCAGCUCUCUGUCAAGGAGGCUAUCCUUCCGACAGGAACUGCCUCUGGAAAUACUGAUCGAGACCUUGACCUUAACAAACUAAAAGCUGUCCUUGACCGUUGCGGUGUAGUGAUCACCGAGCGAAAGCCUAGCGAGUUCAUGGCCAAAAACAUAGCCGAUGAUCUAGCACGUCUCUUGUCAAAGACUCCAGCACCAGCAACCGGAUCUGCUGAUGCAUCAGUUUCCAUCCCCCAACUUUCCCUUCCGGUUGCACCGGCUGCGCUAUCUGCUUUGAUAGCAUAUCUCUCACUCCUCGCAGAUUCGACCAACCAUGAAGCUUAUACCAUCCGGACCCACGAUUUGUCCCAGUAUAUGAAGCUUGAUGCUAGUGCGCUGCGCGCGCUGAACUUGACAGAAGCUCCUGGAAACGCUGGCACAACGACACGUAAUACGACCCUUCUCGGUCUCCUCAACAAAUGCAAAACGGCUCAAGGCACGCGUCUUCUCGCUACGUGGCUCAAGCAGCCAUUAAUCAAUCUCCAUGAGAUUCGGAAACGGCAAAACUUGGUGGAAAUAUUUGUCGACGACUCAAAUUCUCGCCGUAGUCUUCAGGAUGACUACAUGAAAGUGAUGCCCGAUUUGCAUCGGCUGUCGAAGCGAUUCCAGAAGUCCCUGGCAUCCCUCGAAGAUGUCGUUCGCGUGUAUCAAGUUGUCUUGAAGCUUCCUGGCAUGAUCGAGACACUCAGCGAUGUUCAGACCAAAGAGGAGUACACGUCCUUGAUAGACGAAGGUUACCUCACCGCUUUGCGUGAACACGGGUCCAACCUUUCAAAGUAUAGUGAAAUGGUGGAGCAAACGCUCGACUUGGAUCAGCUCGAUCAUCAUAGCUAUGUCAUCAAGCCAGAGUUCGAUCCGAGGUUAAAAGAGUAUGCAGAGGAGCUUGCCAUGAUUCGUGACGGUCUUGAUGAAGAACACCAAUCCGUCGGUCACGAUCUCAAGAUGGAGCUCGACAAGAAACUUCACCUAGAGAACAGCCAAGUGUAUGGAUAUUGCUUUCGUCUAACGAAAAAUGAUGCCAAGGGCCUUUCAACGAAGAAGUAUAUCGAGCUGGGAACCACUAAAAGCGGCGUCUACUUCACCACAAAGACGUUAAAAAACCUUGCCGAAGAUUUCAAGGACAUAUCAGACAAAUACAGCCGGACCCAGAGUGGCUUGGUCAAAGAGGUUGUUAACAUAGCAUCCACGUACACCCCGAUUCUAGAGUCACUGGAUAAUAUCAUCGCGCAUCUCGACGUAAUUCUCAGCUUCGCCCACGUGUCUGUUAAUGCUCCUGAACCAUACGUCAAGCCGAUGGUCUUUGAAAUGGGUGUCGGAAGCCUAGUCCUCAAGGAUGCUAGACAUCCCUGCCUUGAAGUCCAAGAUGACGUUCAUUUCAUUGCCAAUGAUAUUGAGAUGAUCAAAGGCGAAAGCGAGUUCCAGAUCAUCACCGGUCCCAAUAUGGGUGGGAAAUCAACUUACAUUCGACAAACGGGUGUGAUUGCUCUCAUGGCCCAGACUGGAUGCUUUGUGCCUUGUUCCGAGGCUAAACUUCCUAUCUUUGACUCGGUUUUAUGUCGCGUGGGCGCAGGGGAUAGUCAGCUGAAGGGCGUCUCCACUUUCAUGGCGGAAAUGUUGGAAACGGCAACCAUCCUUCGUUCGGCUACUCCUAAUUCUCUCAUAAUCAUCGAUGAACUUGGACGAGGUACCUCGACGUAUGAUGGAUUUGGCUUAGCUUGGGCAAUCUCAGAACACAUUGCUUCCAAGAUACACGCAUUUUGCCUUUUUGCAACACAUUUUCAUGAGCUUACUGCGCUAGACCAGCAAAUUUCUCAUGUAAAGAACUUACAUGUGGUGGCCCAUGUUGCUGAUACUCCCGACGAGAAUCAGCGACGUGAUAUUACGCUGCUUUACAAGGUCGAGCCAGGUAUUUCUGACCAAAGUUUUGGUAUCCACGUCGCCGAAUUGGCGAAUUUCCCAGAAAAUGUUGUCAGGCUCGCACGUCGGAAGGCAGAGGAACUGGAAGAUUUUGGCGGUGCCAACGAUUCGACCGACGAUGACAUACCCGUUGAAGUGACAAAUGAGGGUAUUGCCAUCGUUGAGGAGCUACUCUCCACUUGGGCUGCGUCGCAGAAGCAAGGUGAUGACGAAGACGUUGUUAUGGAAGAUAUUGAUGGCAUCUCUGCGGAAAGCCAAUUGGAAGAGCUGAAGCGAUGCUUCGAUGCCUUUCAACCAAAAAUAGAGGGCAAUGCGUGGCUUCAAUCCUUGCUUGCUACGCUCUAGUACUAGUGCUUCAUUUCAUUCUGGAUUGGAUAAUAUGUAGACAUUAUAUUAAGUUUGCUCUGUCUUUUGUAUAUAAUGCUUUGUGUAAAUAUUUCGUCGAUGAUGUACAUUUCUUGAAGGAAGACAGUGAUA